CCCGAGACGGCUCGGAGUUUCAGGGGAUCCGGAAGAAGCGCAGCCGCAGCCUCCCACCUGCUGCUCCCGACCGCGCUGAGGUCGGGGAUGUCGGCGCUCCUGAGUGCGGCGGGUACGAGCCGGGACUGAGCCAGUCGCGGAGCUCGCGGCCUCCGCUCCGCCGCGCCGAAGAAAUGAGUGGUGGCUUGGCUCCGAGUAAGAGCACAGUGUAUGUAUCCAACCUGCCCUUCUCCCUGACAAACAAUGACUUAUACCGGAAAUGGUGAUGCAUGCCUGUGAUUCCAGCAUUCUGAAAGCUGAGGCAAGAGGACCAUGGGUUCAAGUCUAGUGGAAACUACAUAGCAUUUUGCUGUCUCAGAUCAAAACCAAGCUCGGGCUACAGCUCAGUGGUGGAGCUCUUGCCUAGUAUGGUUAUCACACACCUGUAAUCCUAGCGCACAGGAAGCUGAGAUAUUUUCGAAGUAUGGCAAAGUUGUAAAGGUUACCAUCAUGAAGGAUAAAGACACUAGGAAGAGUAAAGGGGUUGCCUUCAUUCUAUUUUUGGAUAAAGACUCUGCACAAAACUGCACCCGAGCAAUAAACAACAAGCAGUUAUUCGGUAGAGUGAUAAAGGCAAGCAUCGCUAUUGACAACGGAAGGGCAGCUGAGUUCAUCCGAAGGCGAAACUACUUUGAUAAAUCUAAGUGUUACGAAUGUGGGGAAAGCGGCCACUUGAGUUAUGCCUGUCCUAAAAAUAUGCUUGGAGAACGUGAGCCUCCAAAGAAGAAGGAGAAAAAGAAGAAAAAGAAAAUCCCUGAACCAGAAGAAGACACUGAGGAAGUGGAAGUAAGCGAAGAAGAAGGGGAAGAUCCUGCCCUGGACAGUCUCAGUCAGGCCAUAGCAUUCCAGCAAGCCAAAGUGGAGGAAGAACAAAACAAAUGGAGACCCAGUCCAGGUGGCGCCUCGACUUCAGAUGAUUCUAGACGCCCACGGAUUAAAAAAAGCACUUAUUUCAGUGACGAAGAGGAACUUAGUGAUUAAAAGUCUGUUUAUAAUGUAAAUAUUGCUAAAAUAAAAUCUCGUUGUACAAAA